AUGGCCUCAUGGGUGACUGUCAGUGAAGAAAGGGAAGAGAGCGCACGUGACCCCGCAGCAGAGCGUUUACCUGACAAUCGCAGGCCCCCAGCACCCUCUGUCCUCGCUGCUUUGCUGAAUUUCCUGAAUCAUCCUCGCAGACGCAGAGAGGGCCAAAGAUCACUCCUUCCAUCCAGCAGUUCCCUGCGGACCCAACACUCCAACCUCGAUCCCACCACCACCGAACAAUCCCAAAUGCCCUACAUAAUGAACCUCUACGUCGACGGCGGGUGCCGCAACAACGGCGCACCCAACGCCUUCGGCGCCGCAGCCGCAGCGCACAAGAACAAAUGGGGCCGAUUCCGCUCCUGGACGCGCUCUCUGCCACGCGGCACAACACCCACGCCCACUAGCCAACGCGCCGAACUCACGGCAAUCAUCCUUGCGCUGGAGAAGGCGCUGGCGCGCUACAAGGGUCUGCAUUCCUCGCCCUAG